CCGGCAGUUACGACUUGACCUCGUCUCGCACAUAGACUAGACCAGACUCCCUGCGGUCCCUCAAAAAAUGGCCUCUCGCGCGUUCACUUCGUCGUUACGCGCUACGCUGAGGCGCACUGCCCUCAACCGCGUCGCCGCCCCCAGCUGCAAGCGAUUCAAUUCGACUCAUGCCCCGUCAGGACGGUCCAGCGAUACCCCUUGGAUUAUUGGUUCUGCUGUCGUCUUUGGUCCCCUGUUCUUAUACCUUCUCGCGCCCGACGGCAAAAAGGACCACCACCAUGACAAGUCUGAACACAAGUCGGAACCGGCUGUUGAGGAGAAGGAGGUUGAGACCGAACCAGAACCAGAGGCACCUGCAGCUGCUGAAGAAUCCUCCCCGGAACCCCCUGCUGAGGCUGCACCUGUGGCAGAAACUACUUCCGAGUCUGCAACCGUGACAGAUGAUGAAGGGACUCCCAUAUCUGCCGAGGAGGUAAAAGAGUCUAUUCAGCGGGCGGAGGUCUCUGAUGCUCCCAAGGAGGCUGCAGCUGAGGAGAAAAAAGAAGCAUCUUAA